UUGCCAUGGCUUUAUAAUAUUUCUGAUUCCCAACUGAUCACCAAUGACGGAACAACCUCUUACUGGACUUGUUCAUUUCUGACCGCGUCGGACGACCACCAAUACGUGGUUCUCGGUCACACCAUGUGGAUGGGAGGUAUUGCUCAGGCCCGCGCAUCCAUCUUGGAUGUUACAGACCCAAGCUAUUACAAGACUCUGCUCUACACGAACGAAGAUGCGACUGUCUCAAGCUACAAUGGACAUAUAGACGCUUCAAUAGGAACUCUUGGAAUUCGAGCGUUAUCUGCCGAUAAUGUCACCCGAAUUCACAGCUACAGCACUUUCGAAAUUGAGUACAGCCUGAUCCUAACAGCCUCUCCGGUGCUCUUCAAUGGCGGACUCGGAGAAUUCACAUUCGGCAACAAAACUUGUGGGGAAUGGAGUUUCCCCGCGGGAAGAACUGAGGGGACCUUUGUUGCCCGUGGCAAGGAACUGACUGUUGAUCCUGAACGCUCGUUCACUUGGUAUGAUCGUCAAUGGGGAGGAUCUGCUUUCCUAGGAAACUACACCUGGUUCCAGCUACACGUGCCAGGCACCGAUAUUAAAGCCAGUAUUUGGGCUAUCGAUGAUAACACCAACCAGAAGAAUAUCAGAAUCGCGACCUUCAGAUUUGAGGAUGGCAGCCACCGAGUACUUCCCUUUGAAUUCAGCGAGUCCACAGAAAGCCAGUAUCAUUCCAAGGCUACCGUGAAUACCUAUGCGACCAAAUGGGACUUGGAAUUUCCUGGACAGGGUCGAAUCAGUGUGACCAGUCUGAGAGAUGAUCAGGAAACAUACAACACUAGUAGCAAUGCUACACCUGCAUAUGAGGGCUUCUCCGAGUUUGACUUUAACCUCUUUGGGGUCCGUUCCCAAGGAUACGGCCUUACGGAAGUGGUAUUUUUUGGAUAG